CAUGAAACGAAAUGAAAACAAGUCUCCAAUCGUGGCGGUCAUGGCCACACACCAUGCACUUUUUUACAGACUCUUUCUCCUUCUCCUUCUCCACUUUUUCUUCCUUUCUGUUUCAAUCAUUUUCUAUAUAGAAAAAAAACAUACUCUCAGCAAAAAUCGCAUCUCUCCUUUUGGAUUUUGAUUUCGACAUUAACCACACUCAAUCUCUUGCUUCCUUCCCAAACUUCAGAUUCCUCUCAGCUUCAAAGCUCCUUUCCUUUUUCUCUCAUCAAUUCUGCGCUCAAAAGCUUAACCCUUUCUUAGCUUCCACAAAAAUGCGAUCCCCUUCUUUUAAGAUUCCCCCAUUUUGUUCUCCUUCUCUCUUUUAACUCUUUCUAAGUUGUGAAAGAGAACAAGAGGAUUUAAACUGCAUUGGAGCAUAAGGUGCUCAACUAUGGGGGAUCACUUUGUGUUACUGGUUGAUCGGUUGCUUACUGAAUCCACAUUGGAAGCUGCUCUUGAAAGCCAAAAUCGUUGGAUGCAAGCUGCAUCCUCAGCCGUGAAUGAUGCACAGGUUGAUCUCUCUUUGAUGAAGACGGGUCUAGGUGAUAUAAAAUCUCCCAGGAAACUUGUAGAAUGCAGGAUAUGUCAUGAUGAAGAUGAAGAUUCUAAUAUGGAGUCACCCUGCUUCUGUUGUGGUAGUUUGAAGUAUGCCCACCGGAGAUGCAUACAACGAUGGUGUAAUGAGAAGGGUGACACCACCUGUGAGAUAUGUCAUCAGCAAUUCAAGCCUGGUUAUACAGCUCCUCCUCCACUGUUUCAAUUUGGACGUAUUCCAAUGAGUUUCAGGGGAAAUUGGGAGAUUUCAAGAAGAGACUUAAAUAGUACUCACUUGGUCAGCAUGGUUUCUACCGAUCAGAAUCUUACCAAUUCCAACUAUGACCAGUAUUCAGCUUCCCCUACUGGAAGUUUGAUAUGCUGCUGUUCGGUCGCUGUCAUUUUCAUGGUUCUACUAAUUUUAAGACACACUCUUCCCCUCCUAAUCAGUGAGAAUAAGGAUUAUUCUUUCCCCCUCUUUAUGCUGCUAUUGUUUCGGAUUGCUGGAAUCGUCCUGCCAAUAUACUUCAUGGUCAGAGCAGUGACAUUGAUCCAGAGACAUCGGCGACAACAUCGAGAUCAUCCCAAUGGCUUGGUCACACUAUCUGAUGAUGAAAAUGAGCACACGGUUUUGCAGCCUCAGCCUCAUGUUAUACGUGUACUGUGAAAAUGCUUUAGCCGUUUGAAGAAAAUGUUGCAUGAAAUGUUGGAUGGAGAGAAGUUCUUUGAGUUUUCUGAGAAAUACAUUGAAAUUCUAAGGCUCAAAAGUGUUCAUAUCUAUUGGGAAGACUUGGCAAAAGCAAGUUUUACAUAUGCACAAGUUUCUGCUUAUAUAUAUAUAUCGAGAUUCUUAAUAUCGCAACAAUAUCUUUCAGUGUAUAGAUAGAUAGAAAAUUUAUGUAGAGAAAUUUGCUUGAGUAGAUAACAAUAUCAAAGAUGGAUUUCUUGUACAUAUCGCAAUGAAAACAGGCUUAUUUUCAGAUUUUUUACGUUAA